ACCUUGUAAUGUUGUCCGGGCUAAAACAUUGCCAUGAGGUAGAUAGCAAGGGCACUAAGGAUUUGAUUGAAAAAAUUAUUGUAACAGUGCGCCAGAAUUUUGCGCAAAAUAUAAAACGUAGAUAUACGUAAAAGUCAAAAUGAGUUUGCUACCCCGAACUUCCGAGGAAUUCAGUACCGCUGAGUACUGGGAGAGAUUUUUUAAGAAGCGGGGAGAGAAGUCAUUCGAAUGGUAUGGAGACUACAACAAACUAUGCGGCGUGCUGCACAAGUAUAUCAAAAUAAAAGACAAGGUGCUGGUGGUUGGCUGCGGCAACUCUGAGCUGAGCGAGCAGCUUCAUGAUGUGGGCUACAAGAACCUCACCAACAUUGACAUCAGUGAGACGGUGGUGUCCCACAUGAACCAGCGCAAUAACGAGCGGCGACCGGGCCUGACGUUCCAGCAAGUGGACGCCACCCAGAUGCCCUAUGAGGAUGCGUGCUACCAGUCUGCUCUAGACAAAGGCACCUUGGAUGCGAUGGCAUCCGAGGAGGGUGGUGCGCUGGCGAGCAAUAUGCUCACUGAGGUGAGCCGUGUGCUCACCAUUGGAGGAAGGUACGUGUGUAUCACGCUGGCUCAGGAGAGUGUGAUCCGGCUGGCUGUGGAGCACUUUGUCCAGCUGGGCUGGGGAGUGAGGCUCCACUGCCUGCAGGAAGAAACCAGCGCUGAGGAAGACAACGACUCCUUUGCUCUGCCAGUUUUUGUCCUGGUCUGCACCAAGUUCCGCCAGCCCAUGCCAUCGCCCAUUCUGGAGAUGUGCCUUGGCGAAGACGGAGCCCCGAAUCGUCUGGCGCUGCCGGCCCACUUGCUGACGGCCGUGCGGGAACGCCAGGCCUACUCUGUCCUGAGGAAGAGGCUGCGCACGCGCACCGACACCGACUCUGAACUGUCACUCACGCUCUGCCACGCCAAGACCGGCCUGCCAAGAUACACUCUCACUGUGCAGGAUUCACCCCCAACAGUCAAGGUGCCAAGGUUCAACCAGUUUGCCAUUUUUAUUGUGCCUCAAGGAAGCGAGAGUGCGUGGCUCUACAGCUCGAGCGAGGGCCGGCGGCAACUGGCGGCCAGUGCAAACUUUCGCCGCCUGGUAAUCGUGGCCAUGCAUAGGAAUCAAGAGUACUCCGACAUGCAGGCCGUCCAGUCGGAGCUUUCGCCCAUGGUGAUGGACCUGGCCCCGCCAGGAAUGCCGAACAACCAGCAGGUCCCGUUUCUGUCGGUGGGCGGCGACUUGGGUUGGCGAGAAGAGGUGAGUAGAGGCGUAAGCGAGCACAGCGGCGAGUACUGCGUGGAGAAUGUCAGAGGGGAGGACGGCGAGCUGUACCGCAGACUGGUGUUCCUGUCCAACGCGGCAUUGGUGCAGUCCGAGAGUCGUCUGGUCUCUUCCAAUAGCACAUCAAGUCAAAAGAAGAAGAACAAAAAGAAAGCCAAACCACCGUCAUCGUCCUCCCUGUCAAUACACAGCGGCUUCCUUUGCUGUGCCCACCAUGAAGUCAUGGUGGCUGGUCUCGCAAUGUUGGACAUAGGCAAAGACAAAAACAAAGACAUCCCGGUGUCAGUACUGCUGGUUGGACUCGGAGGAGGAGGACUGCCCCAGUUUCUGCGGGACUUUGUGCCCGGCGUGUCUGUGGAGGUGGUGGAGCUGGAUCCCGUGGUCCUGGAGGUGGCCACGGAAUGGUUCCACUUUCGACCAGACGAUCGCCUGACUGUCACGCUUGGGGACGGUCUUGAACGCAUCUGGGCCCUAGAGAAAGAAGGUGGUUGUUUGUUUGACGCCAUCAUGUUUGAUGUGGACAAUAAGGACAGCACGGUUGGUAUGAGCUGCCCACCUGCUGCCUUUGUUGAAACUUCCAUCCUGCAAAAAGUCUGCCGCCUACUAACCCCUAAAGGCAUUUUCAUACUCAACCUGGUGUGCCGUGACUCCACUUUGAGGAAAGAAGUGCUGGAGCGCGUGAGCCGUAUUUUCCCCGCCAUCCUCUCGCGAAAGAUCGACGGGGAGGUGAAUGAGGUGCUCCUCUGUCGCCGCGAAAGCGUUACCAACAUCGCAUCGCUGAAGCAAGCGGGAAACAAUCUGCAAAGAGCCCUGCGCUCCGGCCUGACCCACAACCCAAAAAUAGACAUUGCUGAGUUGUUGAAAGAUAUGAAAGUGGCGUGAGGGUGACGGACCCAAAGCAGGGGUGGAGAAGCUAUAGCCCAAAAAUAUAAAUAUACAAGAAACAUUUACUUUCCAUGAAUUGGCCUUUGAAAGGACCUAAAUGGUGCACGUUCAGAAAGCUUCCCCCUCCAGUGCAUCUGCAAAGUAUUCAUAUUGCAUCACUAUUUCCACAUUUUUAUUACAGCAUAGCCUUUUUACUUCCCAACACUGCAUAAUGAAUCAUAGGAUGGCCCCCAGGGUCAAGCUGCUCAAUAAAUGCCACAGGCAGGAAAACCCCAAAAGAAAUCAUGCAAUACAAGAACAGGCCGAAAACACAAAAUCAACAGGGGCCUGUGUUUACCACAUCAGACAGGACCUCUGAUGCUGCCUGUGCAAAGCCCCACUUUUAUGAACUGGCGGUCCCAGAAUCAAGAUGGCAGACACAGCCCAAGGUGGUUGAGAACCAAGCCAAGAACCCGAGGGAUUUCAGAUCCAAACAUGGCAGUCAGCUGGAGAUCUAGCAACCCCAAACUCGGAGAAUGGCUCCUACAGAUACCAGGAACUUCAACAUUACAGAAAAGCACAAUCCCUUCGCAGAACCUUUCUACCUCCCAUCACUCGAGCUUUCACUCACGGGAUAGGGAGUAAAUUGUCUUGGAAACCUCAUUCAGCCGAUUGUGAAGAAUUAAAAAUCUAUUCAACACUCUUGAACAGCCAAACACAAUCGAUAACUCACCAAAUAGAUCAUUAGGUUAUACAAAAGAUAAUCACAAAAUAAAAUUAAGUUCAACAACACUGACAAUCAGACAUCGUUGCCAAAUCCCAAAAUACAAUUGACGUCGUCGUCAAAUCAGUUUCGCUUCUAUCAGUAAUGCUUCACUUCAUACUUCGAGCUGCUUGCUGGGUAUGUUGUAAUCUGGGUUCUGUUCAUAAUACAUCUUUAAGUAGCCGUUCUGGAACAGUUGAAUAAAGUCUUCACGGCACUGGAUCCCAAUCUGAACGACAACAGACCCUGCAGGGUGAACAUAGGGGCCAGGAUCAUGUUUUUCAAAUAUUUUAGCUGCAAUAAAUUUUAAUUAAAUCAUUUAGGUUUUUACUACUAAGUUUUGUUGGUUUUUACAUGCUCGUGUUUUGGUGGUAUUGUACUUGGUUUCAUAGGGUCAUGGGGUCAUCUGCCCUAAUGAUAAACAAAGGUGGGAGACAAGCUUGGAACCCCGAUCUUGGGAGGCUUACGUGACACUCCCAAAUAUAAAGCUAUUGACGUGUGUUCAAAGACGACGUAAUGAUUCAUGAUUCAUCUUUGGGAGGGUGUAAGUACCGAUUUGCACCCCAAAUCGCAGUGUCCUCUGAUGGUGAUGGUAUUGCUCAAACGAAGAGGUUCCUGCACCUGAAUGAGGAAUCGACUCCUCUGCACACAGAAUUACGAAACGUUAAUAAAAAGAAAAAAUGCA